AGAAACAUACUAUCAACCUUAAUUUUCUCGCUUGCUUGGCUGCUGCCACUGAUGGGUUCUACUGGAGACGAUCGUGAAAAACAUUUUAUCAACUCAGAGCUCUACGAUGCUCUGAUGAUCAGAGAAGAUGAGAAGACGGUGAUUGAUCUCUGCAGAAAGAUUCCCGAUCAUGCGUUGCACAUAUUGACAGUCCAUGAUGAUUCAUUACUGCAUAUCGCAACUUAUUCCAAGAAAAGUGAUUUGGUGAUGAAGCUGCUUGAAGAAUUGCCUGAACAGUAUCUUGAUAAAAUGACCCGGCAAAAUACAGCAGGAAACACUAUCCUCCAUGAGACUGCAACUAGUAACCAUGCUCUUCCUAUUGCAGAUAAAGUAUUAAAGAAAGCUCCUGGAUUGCUGGGAAUGAGAAACAAUAAUGGAGAGACUGCUCUCUUUCGUGCUGCACGAUAUGGGAAAGCUGACAUUUUUAAUUUUCUUUCUGGGAAAAUCUGUAAUUAUGAUCAAGCCAGUAAGCUACCGUUUCUUCAGAGGACUGAUAAAACUACUGUUCUUCACAUUGCUAUUCUUUCUCAACACUUUGGCUUGGCCCUGCAAAUUGCUAAGGAAUAUAAGUUUCUAAUUGGUGAGCAAGAUGUAGAUGGGAUGACUAGUCUUCAGCUACUUUCAGUCAAGCCAGAAGCUUUUCAUCGAAAACAUGAAGAUGGAUUUCUAGAGAAACUCAUCAAUUAUGUUAAAUUUAGUUGCAUUUUGAGUUCGAGACAAACCGUCCAAAUGGAAAAGCAGCAAUAUGAAUCAGCUAUGGAACUUGCCAAGUUUUUAAUUGAAAGAGACACUUCAUGGGAGCUUACUUAUCAAAUCCAGGAUCAGGGAGGCCUAAGAUACACAAAUAUGGGCGUAGUAAUAUUGAAAAAGGAAUCACAGAAGGGCCUUCUACAAAUAUCGCCGCCAGCCCAGCAGGAUAUAAUGAAGCUGAAACUCCCCUGUUUUUAGCAACACAGUCGGGAUGUCUGCAGAUCGUUAAAGAAAUACUUAAAACAUACCCUCAAGCAGUGGAACAUAUCGAUGAUGAAGGACGAAAUAUCCUACAUGUAGCCAUCAAGUAUCGCCAGUUAGAGAUCUUUGAACUUGUGAAAGAAAAGGAAGCACCAAUGCGACGGCUAGUACGAAAGAUUGACAACAAUGGAAACACAAUAUUGCACAUGGUUGGUGUCAAAAGAAAAGAUUUUGUGCCCGAAAAGAUGGAAGGACCGGCUCUGGUUUUGCACGAAGAAUUGCACUGGUAUCAGCGAGUUAAGGACGUAAGUUUGCCGCAUUUUUUGAAUCACCAAAACAAUAUGAGGCUCACUGCAGAAGCCUUAUUUGCUUCAGCAAAUGUUGACCUUCGUCUCACAUCCAAAGAAUGGUUAAAGCACACAACAGAAGGGUGCUCAUUGGUGGCAAUUCUAAUCGCCACCGUCGCCUUUGCGGCUGCAUACACAGUACCAGGAGGUUCAAACGAGAGCACUGGGUAUCCCGUUCUCAUAAACGAGCCUUUCUUUGUGGUUUUUACCGUCUCAGACGUUCUCUCUUUAACAUUCUCUUUGGCAUCCGUGGUUAUGUUUCUCUCGAUUCUCACAUCCCCAUUUAGAUUAGAAGACUUCAAGAACUCUCUUCCUAAUAAAAUGAAUGUGGGCUUCACGUUUCUGUUCCUUUCUGUUUGCCUGAUGAUGGUGGCGUUUGCAGCAACGAUUUUGCUCAUGAUAAAAAACAAGGAAAACUGGGCGAAAAUCGUGCUUUACACUUGCUCUCUUAUCCCUGUUGCCAUCUUUUCUCUAUCGUAUUUUCCUGUGUAUGUGGGAACAUCAAUAACGAGAGGCUGCAAAUACUUGGCCAACAAGGGAAAACAGUUGAUUCCUCGGAGUUUCCAGGCUCUACUGAAGGACAGCUCUCGCUUCUCCAAAUCCUCAUCUCCUUCCAUUCCAUAUUGAAACUCCGCCAUUGCUGUAUCCAUCACAAGCUCAUCUUAAUCAUGUUAUUACCCAUGUAUUGGUUUCAGUAUCUCUUUUAGUCUUUGUUGUAAUACGUGUAUAUUCAGAACUCUUUAGAAUUACUAUUACUAUUAUUAUUAUUUGAUCAAUGAUUCAUGAAACAUCCAAA